GGGGGCUAAGUUAAAAAGAGGGAAUAUUAGAGCAACGGCUUUAUCCACGCAGCAUAAUCCGCUACGCUUUUUCACUUUCCCUUACGCGUUCUCUCUCUGCAAAACAAAAACAACCGCCACCACCACCACCCCCGAGUCAUGAACUCACUCUUCACUUCUCCACAGUAAACACUAUUAAAGAAAACCACUGCAUACUCAUUCGCAAAUAAUGUUUUCCCGUUUUGCCCCUCGCUUCCCUCUCUAUUUCCCAAUCUCUACCACCCAACCAAAACCCCUAAUCGGAGCCAACCACACUUCAGCUCGAUUCUGCUCCCGAUAACAACAUAAGCCAGAAUCCAACUUCUUUUUUUUUUUUCCUUAUUUUUUGAAAGUUCCGCCAAUUUUUUAAUUAUUUUUUCUGUGAAAAAAAAGGAGAAGUAAAGUGCACAGUCCUACCAUGGAACCCACCGCAGGGAAGCCCGGUUAUCUCCGGAACCUCUUGAUACGGUUUCUCCUCUUCGGCGUUUUGGUCAUCGGCGUUCGUUUUGCCUACCUCAUAGCCGUUGCCGGCGAGUCUUGCAACAUCGGCGACUUCUGCUUCUUCUCGCUGCCGGAGACUCUCAGCCUCGUCAUCGCCGGCACCGGUCCUCUCGCCGUCGAGUCUGCUUUCGGGGGAGGUUCGUCGCAGCCGGAGCUUUACACCAGCAAGGACUGGAUCAACGGUGUUCGUUUCUACUCGUCGGCGUUCCAGGACCUGAUCGCCGGCGGUUACCUCUCGCCGGAGUCGAAAUCGCUGUGCGUGGAGACGCCCACCGGUCGCGACGUCUUCGCGCUGAGGGAGAUCGGCGUCAAAGACGCCAUUGGAGUCGCGCGGAAGGGUGUGAAGCCGCUGGUGAAGUCCGGCCGAGGUGAGCGGAUCCCGUUCGGCGACGGAACCUUCGAUUUUGUGUUCUCCGGCGAGGACUCCUUCGUGCAGUCGGCGAAGCCGGCGGAGUUCGCGGCGGAGAUCGGCCGGACGCUGAGAACGGGAGGGUUCGCGGUGUUCCAUUUUGCAAACCCUAAAGAUACGUAUAGUUUCAAUUCGUUUCUUGAUUUGUUCAAUUGUUUCAAAGUAGUGAAGUUGCAUGGCUUAGAAGGCUUUGAUUCCUCGAUGCCGUAUAUACGAGAAAUUGUUUUGAAAAAAGAGUGUGGUGAUGUUGCUGGUAAAUUUGAUGGUGAUUAUUCGAACGGAAAGUGUUACGUUCCUGGUUAUAAGCAUGAUUUGGUUAAGAUUGCUGAGCCUUUGAUUGCGGAGGAGCCGUUGAAGCCUUGGAUUACUUUGAAAAGGAAUGUGAAGAACAUAAAGUACCUUCCUGCGAUGGUUGAUAUAAGCUUUAAGAAUAGGUAUUUGUAUGUUGAUGUUGGAGCUAGAAGCUAUGGCUCUAGCAUAGGGUCUUGGUUUAGGAAACAGUAUCCUAAGCAGAACAAGACCUUUCAUGUGUAUGCGAUUGAAGCUGAUAAGACUUUUCAUCAGGAGUAUGGGUUGAAGAAGGGGUUGACCUUGGUUCCUUAUGCUGCGUGGGUGAAGAAUGAGACCUUGACGUUUGAGAUUCAUCGUGAUCCCGGGGAGCAUGUUGAGGUUAAGGGCAGGGGAAUGGGUAGGAUUCAACCUGUGCAGUCGUCGGGGCAGGGGAAGUUUGAUGGAGAAGUGGAGCAGAUACAGGGAUUUGAUUUUGCUAAUUGGUUGAAGAAGACGGUUACAAAGAAUGAUUUUGUUGUGAUGAAGAUGGAUGUGGAGGGUACUGAAUUUGAUCUGAUUCCAAGAUUGUUUAAAACUGGGGCUAUAUGUUUGAUAGAUGAGAUUUUCCUUGAAUGCCAUUACAAUAGGUGGCAGAGAUGUUGCCCCGGGCAGAGGAGUUCAAAGUAUGAGAAAACAUAUGAUCAAUGCUUGCAGCUCUUCAAUUCCCUUAGACAAAGUGGUGUUCUUGUUCAUCAGUGGUGGUAAUUGCCCAGCAUGAUAGGUGAAAUCCUAUACUUCUGUAACAUUAUUGUUGUCCUUUUAACCUUCUUUGUGUUUCUUUAGCAAAGGUUUUUUCUCCCCUUACUUUUUUACUCCAGAAAAUAGAGAAGAUUACCGAGUUUCAAAUUUACCUUCAUGUAACAAUUGCAAUUGAAAAUGAAAUCAUUGCUUUAAAAUCAAUGGUAUUUGUUGCAGGACCCUCUUUCUUUUUACCCUUUCUAUAGAUAUGGAAAUGGAGAAUUGGAUUCUGUAAUA